AUGAACUCGUCAAACCUGAUAAGCGGACCAAGAGCCUAUGUUCUAAAAGAUGAUGGCCAAACGUUGUCAGUUCCAUAUUUUCAUGCUGAACGAGAUGAUGGCACUUAUCAGUGCUAUGUUCGAGCAUUGGACAAGUUCUUUUGGCUAACCAUCAAUGUCACCGCUUAUGCUAAACCGACAAUGUUACCGUUGGUUUCACCGGACAAAGAUAUGGUUUAUGAAGGUCAAAAUGUGGAUUUAAAAUGUAGUGCCACUGGAAGACCACCACCAACCUAUAAAUGGGUUCGAAAAGCGAACGAUGAAAGUGAAGAAACGGAAAUUAAAGAAUCUGACAGAUUUACAAUAACCGAAGGUACAUUACACGUCAAAGCAUUGCUACCAUCAGAUCAAGGCAUUUAUACUUGCGUUGCUUCAAAUCCGUUGGAUAGUGUUACACGAACUGUUAAUAUCAAAGUGUUUAAGAAACCAAAAAUAAAUAAAAUGGAGAACUUAACAAAGGCUAAAGGUGAUGAAGUUGAAAUGCGAUGUACUUAUACUGGCGAUGGUGUAAUCAAAGCAAAAUGGGUUCAUCUCGGUGAAGAAUUUGCUGCAAAUGACGUGGAAGAUGAUACUGGCACUCAAACUAACGGAGAUGAACAUGGUCAUUACGAUAAUGAGAAUAGGAAAAGAGACGUUGAGGAAGGAUUUGAGCAAGACGUCGAAACAAGAGAAGAAUCUGAUAAUAACGGACAUAUAACUGUGAAACAAGAAGGAGAUACUCUGGUUUUGACAAUUGCUGCCGUACGGGAAGAUGAUUCUGGCGGAUAUCAGUGUGUUGCAGAAAAUGAUGCUGGUCGAGAUCAACGAGAAAUUUUCUUGUCCAUUACUCGGCAACCGACAAUUACGUCGUACAGUGAAUCACAGAAAGCUGUACAAGGUGGUUCCAUAAUGCUCCACUGUGAAGCAAGUGCUGUACCAGAUCCAGAAUGGGCGUGGUAUGAUACUAAGAAUGUUACAAUUGUUCCUGAUGGCGAAACAGUUAAAAUUGAUUCUCAUUCAAUUACUUCUAAAUUAAUAAUCAGCCCAAUGUCUACAGAAAACUUUGGCACUUAUUAUUGUAUUGCAUCGAAUGGAAUUGGUAGUCCUACUGGACAUGCUAUAGAUGUUGUCGAAACAGUGCUGCCUGAAGUGCCGUCAGAUGUGCAAUGUACAGGAAAUUUGUACCCAAACUUUGCUGCUUGCAAGAUCAGUACUUAUAAUGAUGCCAAUUUGGGUCAAUUACCAAACAGUUUAACAUUUCAGUAUAUUGAGAGCGACAAAAGUUUUGAAGAUGAUAAUCCAAGUACCUUUUCUGCUGCUGUUAGUGAAUAUAAUCGCGAAAAAGAAUAUAUUAUUAGCGGUUUGACACCAGAAACAAAAUAUAAGUUACGCAUUAGUGCAACUAAUGAAGCUGGUACCACAGAUUUUAGUGAUGAUAUACUCAUUGAAACAAGUGAACCGAAAGUUCCUGAAAUGCCAAGCGAAGUUCGUACGGUAUGUAACGAAAGUUGUUAUGUCGAUUGGACCGUACCAAACAAUAUGGGUUCACCGAUUAUCAAAUAUCGCAUUCAGCUGACUGAACUACGGGAUGAGAAUACGGUACACUUUUACAAUUAUAUCGUCACUGAAAUCUUCAAGAGUUCACCAACUCAUGCUGAUUUGGGUAAUUUGGCAUUAAAACCGCUAACCACUUAUGUGGUGCGGAUAAGCGCCAUCAACGAGAAGGGUGAGGGCGAAGCACAGGAGAAAUCUUUUAGGACGUCAGCUCGGACUUCUACGACUGCUCAAGCAAUUUCCUGGGGUUCCACAAAUCUUUUAAUGGCAAUUGCGUUCAUUCUUAUCUUCUUAUUGUUUGUUGUUGAUCUAAUAUGUUUUGCCACAAAUCGUUGUGGUAUUAUUGCUUGUUUCUGUGCCAAAUGUCUUGGUCGAGAUGUUCAAAGUUCACGAGAGAAAGACGUUGAACAGGGCAACAAGUCUGAAACUAAUCGUUUGCUGAGUGAAGGUAAAACGGAAGGUCGGCCAGCAACUAACAGGUGA